GUUUGUUUGUUUGUUUGUUUGUUUUAAUGAGGAUUGCUAUGAGUCAACUAUGACCGUGCUUCGACUUGCACCAGGGGCUGACACAAUGCAAACUACCGUAGGCUCCUAAUCCGAAAUGCUAAAGUUCAAGAGGAAACGAAUGAAGCUUACCAUCGGUGCCAAGUAAGGGUCAGCUGAAUAGUUUUAGGCUUCCACUCAUAUUGAGAACAAUAGAAACGAAAUUAGGGUUUCUAUGAAGAUACUCGUGAGAAUACCUCUAGACAAAGGUAUCUCUGUACACAAACUGGAACAUUCACUAGCUCCAACGUUCUCUAACCUAAUUGUGCUAUUCUUUUCAAACGAAGGAACGCCUAUAGAAGGUGGAGCUAGUUUAUUUAGAAACUUGGCCUGCUAAGCUGUUUGCCUGUGUCUUAAUUAAAAUAUGUAAUGCAGUGGUGUGAAGCAGCAAGAUUCUUUUCAGCCUGUGAAAGUUAUUACACCCUCUUUGGAUUGGAUCAGAUUUGCACUCUCAACCAGAGAGGCUUGUGACAAUGGCAAGGGACCUCACAAAGGAAACAGGAUGUGAUCAGACUGCACAAGACAGCAAUGCUGUGAAAAAAAGCCAGUUGCUUCUGGAUCGAGGCCAGUGGGCCAACAAAGUGGAGUUCUUGUUGGCCGUAGCAGGAACACUUGUGGGGCUUGGAAAUCUUUGGCGAUUCCCCUAUCUGUGUUACAAAAAUGGUGGAGGUGCUUUCCUGGUGCCAUAUGUGCUGUUCCUACUCUCCUGUGGGAUACCAAUGUUCCUUCUGGAAACUGCCAUGGGACAGUAUACCUCACAAGGAUGCAUCACUUGCUGGAGACACUUUUGCCCUCUAUUUGAAGGGAUUGGUUAUGCUACACAAGUGGUGAUUGCCUAUGCUGCAGUAUCCUAUAUCAUCAUUCAGGCCUGGGCAUUCUUCUACCUGUUCAACUCCUUCAGCGCAGAAGUGCCUUGGGCCAGCUGCAGAAACGCCUGGAACACAGAUUCUUGUGUGGAGUUUGACAAGAAGAAUGUCUCAUCAAACUGGACUGUGCCAGCAAAUGCCACCUCACCUGCAACAGAGUUCUGGGAGAGACGGGUCCUAAACAUUUCUGCGGGGAUUGACCAUGUUGGUUCUGUUCGUUGGGAGUUGGCCCUAUGCUUGAUAUUAGCAUGGGUCCUCUGCUACUUCUGUGUGUGGAAAGGAGUUAAAUCUACUGGAAAGGUGGUGUAUUUCACAGCCACAUUCCCUUACUUGAUGCUGAUUGUUCUGCUGGCCCGAGGGCUCACUCUCCCUGGAGCCGCAGACGGCCUGCGGUUUUAUCUGUACCCUGAUCCGGCACGGCUCGUAGACCCACAGGUUUGGAUGGAUGCAGGGGCACAAGUUCUCUUCUCUUUUGGAAUCUGUCAAGGCAGUUUGACUGCACUUGGAAGUUACAACCAAUACAACAAUGACUGCUACAAGGACACCUUUGUCUUAUGUUUGGUGAAUGGAGGUUCCAGUUUUGUCGCUGGGUUUGCCAUUUUCUCUGUGUUGGGCUUUAUGUCUUAUGAGCAAGGAAUUCCCAUAUCGGAAGUUGCUGCGACUGGUCCUGGAUUGGCGUUCAUCGCCUACCCUCGCGCCGUGGCCAUGAUGCCUUUCCCACAGUUGUGGGCUAUAUGUUUCUUCAUUAUGGUCAUUCUCCUUGGGGCGGAUACCCAGUUUGUUAGUCUGGAGUGCCUGAUGACAUCUGUGACAGACAUGUUCCCCACUGUGUUUCGGAGGGGAUACAGGCGAGAAUUUCUGCUUCUGGGUCUGUGCUUGGUUUGUUUCUUACUGGGGCUCCUGCUUGUCACUGAGGGUGGCUUGUAUUUCCUACAACUCUUUGACCACUAUGUUUGCAGUGGCAACAACCUUUUGUUACUCUCUGUCUGCCAGUCUAUAGCCAUUGGAUGGAUCUAUGGUGCUGAUCGUCUUUAUGACAAUAUAGAAGAUAUGAUCGGCUACCGUCCAUGGCCUCUCAUGAAAUACUGUUGGCUAUACAUCACUCCAACUGUUUGCAUGGGUACCUUCAUUUUCAACUUAGUGCAGUAUCAACCCCUGAGGUUCAACAAGACCUAUGUGUACCCUGACUGGGCAUACAUACUGGGGUGGUUCCUAGGCCUGUUCUGCGUGUUUCUGGUGCCUCUGUGGGUUAUCUAUAAACUCUCAAGGUCCAAGAUGUCUGUGUUGCAGACACUGAAACAUCUAUGCCGUCCUGACAACAUCCAGAAUCAGAACCUCAAUCUGAAGCAGACUGCUGAACGAUGCCCUUUGAAUCCUGCCACAUCACUUUCUCCACCUUCUAAUGAGUUCAAGGGAAAUGGAGUGGAACUGGAGAUGCAAGUUUAACAGACAUCAUUAUUACAGCUGUAUUGCUUCACUUUUUUUUUUAGUCUUUAUAAAUACUCCCAUUUUAUCUGUUAAUUUAGUAAUCAUCUAAUUUGUGGUGUGUAUGGAGCAUAAGGGAGAGCAAGAGAGAUGGACAGAGAGUCAAGUCGAGUUCCCUGCUGCCCCUAAAAUGAAUGCAAUAAAUGGUUACAUAUAUAAAAAAAAUCAUAAAAAAGAUCAAACUAAAAUUUUAACUAAUGAUGACAUUUUUAUUUUUACUUAAGGUGGAAAUGAAUGGUCUGGCACAACCACCUAUACCUCAAUUUUGUGCUUCAAUAUUUGUUGCUGUAUUCAACUUUUUCUAUUUUCUGGAGAGUUUUAGGUGAUGACGAGGAACUACUUUGUUCCCCUCCCUUUCCAAGCAUGAGGGGCAACCGUUUUUUUAGAGCCAGAGUUUUGAUUCUUUCGCUCUUACCAAUGGUAUGGCGGUUCAACAUGGCAGACACCAUGUAAGAGGACUCCCUCCCGACGUACAGUGCCCUCCACAAUAAUUUGUGCCCCUGGAAAAUAUUUGUAAAAGGGUUAUAAUAAAUCAAGGUUUUUUUUGUGAAUCAGCAUAAUUUCACACCAUUUAACAAUGUACAAAAUCCAACCAUCAAUUCAAAUAACUAUCUGGAGAAAAAUAUAAUACCUCAUAAAAAAGGCCACAAUUGAAAGGAAUUUUGACCUUCAAGUAGAGCUAUGCUUUAAUGCCUGAAUCUACAUUUAGGGGAAUUGCUAAAACAUUCCAAACAACAGGAGCAGUGACACACACAGCUGGUUGAGAGCCAAUGGUGAUUUUGCCCCCAUGCACAAUGGGGAUUGAAAAAAGGUUUUAAAAAAAGUCUCCAAGGACCAGUAUUAGAGAGUGUCGCCAAAUAGUAGCAUCUUGGAGUCACCAUGUCUACAAACAAUCCCACUAGAUGCCACUUCAAAAGCCUUUUCUUUUAUUUAAUGACAAAAGCAAGUUGCUAAGAAGACUUUGACUAAGUUGUGUUUACUGGCCAAUUGAAAUAAAAAUGAAGCAUUUUGGCAAAAAACACUCACUUUGGAUUUAGUUUUAAAAGGAUGAAUAUAUUUAAAAGCAUAGCACAAUCAUCUAACUGUUACGUACUGUAUGGCAGGUCUUUUAUAAUGUGGGGCUAUUUUUCUUCCAAGGGCCCUUGGGACCUUGUUAGGGCACAUGGGAUCAUGGACUCAAUGAAAUGCCUGAAUGGAAACUGGCUGCCUCUGCCAAGACACCAACAGUGAUUGGAUCGUAUAGCAGGACAACGAUCCAAAAAUAUGUGCAGAUCAACCUGCUAGAAAAUGGUUUACUGAACACCAAAUCAAGAUUCUGCUUGGGUAGUCUUAGUCCCCUGAUCUGAAGUCCAUAGAAAAACAGUGGGUGGAGCUGUACUGAGAACGUUAUGAGAUGUUAUAAGGGAAGAUUAACUGCUGUUUAUCGACAAAGGGAGGUUGUACAAAGUGUUAAAUACAGGGGUGUCCCUCUGUCACUUGAUGGUAAACUUUUCCUCAUUUCUUUUCAGUGUGUUCAGUUAAAGAAGUUAAAUUACCUAAAUUAGAUUUUUGUAUAACCCUCUUUUACUCAUCUUUACUGGGAGGUAAUUGUGGAGGGCACUGUAACAUGAAAGGCUCAUUUUAAGCUAAUGAGUACACAACAAUUUGUACUUUCAGAUGAUUGCACACUAAUGGAAGCAUAAUUAUGAAUACUACAUUCAUUUCUGCUAAUAGAUCCGCAUACAUCUGCCACACUGUACCUUGAAAUUACAAUACUAUUGAUAAGACAGAAAAAUAAUGUAACAAUAUCUGUUGAAGAUUUAGGUCUACAAGCUGACUUUACUUGACUCAAAACUGCCCAUGACUAAAGCACCCUUACCUUUGCUGCUCUAACUUUCAUCUCUUUGAGUGCAGUGCCACAAUCCUUCUCAUCCUUCCAUUUUUAAGUUGAAGUAUUUGGUGGACGCUUUUAUCCGAAGGAACAUAAAAAAAUCAUGUAGAAAAUGUACUGUAACAUGAUGUGAUGACACGACAUUUCACAAUGAUGUGAUAUGCUAUUACUAUUGCACAUUUAUACAGAAACUGAUAACGAUCAGUGGUAGCUUUUUGCAGUGUACGUUCACAGUGGGAAAUUGUAGCAUCUCAGACAUUCUGACCCAUUUUAUCCUGCUUAAAACAGCUUUGACAGGUCUGAAAAGCUGAAAUACGUGAAUGAUGUUGAGUCAUGUUACGGCUAAAGAAAGGUAGACAUUUCGCUUGAAUCUUUCGUUGUUCCCACCUGCCUAGCAGAAGACUUGUUGCCAUAUCAUAUAAUACACAGCAGAAACAUCGGUCACACUUAAUUGUCCACUCAGAGACUAUCUACAGAUGCUCAAAUUAUCAUCAAACAAUCUGUUGAUUCGGUGACGGUGGUGGUUACAAGUCUUUGUGGGCAGACUGCAAGUGAAGUGUUACCGAAAAAUCUACUGUAUCUGCCACAUGCCACCAUUUUGUUAAAGUGAUCAACUUUGUGUUGGCUCUCAACUCUCAAAAGAUCAAAACCUAAAUGUGCCGAAGUAAUGACCAGCCUUGUAAGAUCACUGACCCAUGCAUAUAUCUAUGUGGAAGAUGAACAAUGCAAUGCUAGUAAAUCUAUAGCAGUACGAUAAAGAUAUUGGACUAUGAUUCCUGGUGUUUUGACAGGAUAACUUGGACAAAUUAAAAAAUGCUACAAUAUGUAUUACCAAACAAAAUAUGUAGUUUGAAACAAUAUUUGUUAUUAUUUUUUAGAUAAUAGAUAGAUAGCCUACCUCACUUCCAGAAAUCACAGUAAGGUUAAUUUUUAUCAGUAAGAUCAUUUUGUGGGUGUGAAUUUAUGGGGUUAUUGUUUUUCAAGGACACAGUGAAUUGCAACAAUAAUUUAUUCAUCCUUUUAUGGAUGCUUAAGAUGCAUUAUUGUGUGAUUCAUUUCUAAAUUUAAUCAUCAGUGAUGUAAGUAUUUUGAAUUUUGAAUAGUGUUUUAAUAAAUUUCAUGAAAUAUGUUAAUGCUUACCAUGAGAUCUGCUUAAAGGGGGGUUUCUUGCUCAGAUUUGAUUAGCAGUAUAGCCUACCGUCUGUGGGUGCCAUGGUUACAGCACAGGUGUGUCAGUCAGCAGCUGUAGCCUACACUGCGUGUCUGGUUUAAUGUAGAGCAAAAUGAUAACAAUAAUAAAAAUCACCAUUAGACACCUUACCCUUCACAUUUCAUCAUCAUAUUUUCCAAUAAUCAACCUAUUUUCUUUGUUCCUUGGUGUCACACUGGUGACAUAGUUCGUAAUGGCAGCUUGUAAGGACAUGAUGCACUGUAAAAAAUAAAGAGUGAUUGAAUAAA